GGAGUCUGACCAUAGUAUUGGCUAUGCGACGACGACGCGCCGUACUGACUUGCAGUGUCCUGCCACAUAAAGAUUUAAGUCGUAAAGAAAAAUGGAAGAUAAAAAAGACUGGAUGGAAGUGACGUGCCACGUUUCUGCACUUGUCUGGCAACUCGUGUUCUCUUUCGCCUGCGGCCAACUUCGAAGCGCUCCGACGGCAAUUGCCGGCGUGUCCCCAAGUUCCUUUCGUCUAUCACAGUCAUGCCGCAGAACGAGUAUAUCGAGGAACAUAUAAAACGACAUGGUAGACGAUUAGAUUACUACGAACGCAAACGUAAAAAGGAGGCUCGUGCUGCUCAUAAAUCAUCAGCAGUAGCCCAGAAAGCCUUCGGUCUCAAGGCUAAGAUCCUGCAUGCGAAACGUCACGCAGAAAAAGUUCAACUCAAAAAGACCCUCAAAGCUCACGAUGAGCGCAAUGUCAAGCAGGCCGACACAUCUGCCGUUCCAGAUGGUGCAUUACCUACAUAUUUGCUCGACCGUGAAGGCCAGAAGGAUGCAAAAGCUCUAUCAUCUGCAAUCAAACAAAAGAGAAAGGACAAGGCGGCUAAAUUCGCGGUUCCAUUACCUAAAGUUCGAGGGAUCGCUGAGGAUGAAAUGUUCAAGGUGAUGAAGACAGGGAAGAGCAAAAGCAAAUCAUGGAAGCGGAUGGUUACAAAAGCGACGUUCGUUGGGGAAGGAUUUACUAGAAAACCUGUCAAGAUGGAAAGAUUUGUUCGGCCAAUGGCACUUCGAUAUAAGAAGGCCAACGUUACCCAUCCGGACUUGAAGGCCACCUUUCAGCUUCAAAUUCUUGGGGUCAAGAAGAAUCCACAGUCACCGAUGUAUACUCAACUCGGAGUUUUGACAAAAGGCACUGUCAUCGAGGUCAACGUUUCAGAACUUGGAAUGGUUACGACAGGCGGCAAGGUAGUAUUCGGGAAGUAUGCUCAGAUUACCAAUAAUCCUGAGAACGAUGGUUGCAUAAAUGCUGUUCUUCUUGUAUGACCGUGGACAAUUGCAAUAUGUUGUAUUCGAAUCUAUCGAGAGGCCUCCUCAACGUUUCAAAAGUAGCGUUCAAUUCACUAUUACAUGUACUGCAAGAGGUGCAUACGUUUGUUCAGGCCUCAGGUCACCCUCUAUACGCGUUAACACGUAACGCCACGAGAAACAAUGUACUUAGAUGGUGUCUUGUCAUUAUGAUGAUGUUGUUUUGGCGGUACCAGUCGGUCUCAGCGUCUCCGAUCAUUGGUAGUUCAAAUAGCGUUAAGUUAGUCGUCGGGGAGGGCCUUU